AUGGCUCCUGUAGGAACUUCAUCCAUGUUCCAGUCACUACUGCUACUGGUGAGUCUGGUAGCUAUAGUGAAGGCAGCAGUAAUAAUCCCACAAAAUCCAGGAUGCCCAAAUACUGAGGACAAGAGAUUCCCUCAGAGCGUGAAGGUCAACCUAAAUAUCCUUAACCGGAGUACAAAUCCCAGAAGGCCCUCCGAUUACUACAACCGUUCCACCUCACCUUGGAAUCUCCACCGCAAUGAGGACCCCGAGAGAUAUCCCUCUGUGAUCUGGGAGGCGAAGUGCCGCCACUUGUUCUGUGUCAAUGCUGAAGGGAAGCUAGACCACCACCUGAACUCCGUUGCCAUCCAGCAAGAGAUCCUGGUCCUGCGAAGGGAGCCUCGGAACUGCCCCCAUUCCUUCCGGCUGGAGAAGAUGCUGGUAGAUGUGGGCUGUACCUGUGUCAAACCCAUGGUCCUCCAUGCAGCUUAA